ACUUCAGACAGGCCUGGACAUGCGCUGGCUUGAGCAGGGGGACCUUGCGUGCUCCGACACCCAUGCAUACCCCACAAGACAUGCCAUCAGAGGUCUCUUCACAGUCCCCAAGUCUAGAACAGACUACGGGAGGUCCACAGUACUACAUAGAGCAAUGACUACAUGGAACUCUAUUCCACAUCAGGUAACUGAUGCAAGCAGUAGAAUCCCCAAAAAAUUUAACUGAUAAAAAAUACACCUUAUGGAACAGUGGGGACUGUGAAGCAACACAAACAUAAGCACAGACACAUGCAUACACACACAUGAUAACAUACACACUAUACACACACGUACACAUGGAUUUAGUGUUGUAGAUAUGUGCUAGUGGAGUAGGGGCCUGAGGGCACACACUUAAUGUGUUGUGAAAUCUGUUAUGAAUGUAUUGUAAUGUUUUUAAAAUUGUAUAACUACCUUAAUUUUGCCAGGCCCCAGGAAGAGUAGCUAAUGGAGAUCCACAAUAAAUACAAAUACAAGAUACAGUAGUUAAAUGGAAACGCACCCUAGCAGGCAAAUGUCAUCUAUUUUCUAUGCAAACUUUCUAAAUGUCAACAACAACAAAAAUGACUAGACAAGUUAAUGGAAACACAGUUAAUGACAAAUGUAUACAAUUUGGGGGAAAUUAUACCACCACCCAAAAGGACACUUUAGAGAGUGGAAAGGCAAAGGGGCAGAGCCCUAUCUGUGCACAUCUGUAGUAACAACCAGAGGUAAGAGUUGCCCUCAGGAUCAGCUGAUCUAGGACCCAAUUACCCUCCACAAAUCAUAACCUGAGGAGGAAACCAAAAAUGAUCUUAGAUCAGUGUCUAAGGACAAGUUUCUCCUAUUCACCAUAGCACUGCUUCACCUGCCAUACACUGAAGAUGCACCUGUCAGACGAAAUAGACAGACUAGAUGGGGAGGGAGGGAGGGUGGAGUCUAUUCUCUUGUGAUAACUGUACAUGCUAGUGGUUCUACCUGUUACACCUGCUCUGACAUCAACUUCCCCCCUCCGCCUCUCCCGUGUGUCAGCUGAGCCACAGGAGGAAUCGUCAGUAGCAGGGAUCGUCUCUCUGUCUGUCCAUAGACAAACUGCCCCCAUCUACAGAUAAAGAAAGAGGAGUGUCAGUGUUAGCCUAGCUCUAACCUGUUCUCUCUCUUUCUCCUUCAUUUUCACCUCUGUUACACUGUCUCACUACGUUGGCGCCUUGGGAGACAAGAGGCGCUUGUCUCUGCUGUUCUCUCUUUUUUUUCUCUCGUUCCCCCUCUCCUGGGACCUAAUGCAGUAGCACUCCUAUACCAGGCGGAGGAGGAACCCACCAGGGCACAACAACGGCACAGUAUGGGUGACGAAAGCUACAACUUUAUCUUCAAAGUGGUUCUGAUUGGUGAGUCUGGUGUUGGGAAAAGCAACCUGCUGUCUCGCUUCACCCAGAAUGAGUUUAACCACGACAGCCGCACCACCAUCGGAGUGGAGUUCAGCACCCGCACUGUUCAGCUGGAUAACGUCGCCAUCAAGGCUCAGAUCUGGGACACGGCAGGGCUGGAGAGAUACAGAGCCAACACCUCCGCGUACUACAGAGGGGCGGUGGGGGCUCUGCUGGUGUAUGACAUCACCAAGCACCUAACCUAUGAGAGUGUGGAGCGUUGGCUGAAGGAGCUGUACGACCACACUGAGCCCCACAUGGUGGUCAUGCUGGUGGGCAACAAGUGUGAUCUGGAUACCCUGAGGACCGUGCCCACCGAGGAGGCCAAGGACUUCACAGAAAAGAAUGGCCUCUUGUUUAUGGAGACGUCAGCUCUGGAUUCUACCAACGUUGAAGCUGCUUUCCAGGAAGUUCUCACAGCGAUCCACAAGAAGGUGGCCAGUCGAGAGGUGCCCAGCGUGUCCAUCACUGCCGUGACCCUGUCCAGUACUAUUGGACCAGCUAGCGACACCCAGGAGAAACGCAGUACCUGCUGCAAGAACCUCUGACCAGUUCUGACUGGUUCUGACCAGGUUUGACCUGUUCUAACCGAUUAUCUUCAGUUCUACACAGAAUCGUCCUACUCUGCCCUCUGUCAGGUUAAAGGGAAUAGUGUAUAGGACUGUCCAAACCAAAGACCAGGCAAGUCAAAUCAAGUCACAUUUAAUUUACAGUUCAUUUCACAAUUCUCAACAAGACAGAUUUAAGAGACAUGCCACAUUUAUGUACAGUUGAUCAAUAUUGACACUAUUGGUGCUACCGUCAUUCUCCCUGCUUGGCUAAAUGUUGCUGACCACAACAUAUUUGGGUGGAUUCUUUUCUUCUUCUGUAUGCUCGUUUUUAAACUUUAGCAGUUAUUAUACAGCAAAUACAUCUUGAUUUGGUAUAUUCGAAAGGAGGAACUACAUUAUUUUGGUAUAUACAUCAUGUUAGGUUGACCGCAUAAAAAAAAUCGCAAAUGCGGGAUAGCGGUAUGAUUUGCGCGAUAUUCGAGUGACAAUGUAGCCUACACACACACACACACACACACACACACACAAAUCCCCCUCCCGCUGCACCAACAGAGCUAAUUGCAUAGCAUAGUCUUUUGCCUCGCGCAAAAUUUGGUGAUACAGAAACGAGAGACCACUUUUGUGGCUGUUUUAUGAAAAUCUGCAAAUAUUUGGCCAAGAAAACGUUUCUUGUUGGUCUCAGGGAAUGUAAAACAGUUAGGAUGGGAGACUUAAAACGGGAUUGAGUGAAGUAGCAGCAAAUAUCUUGAAUGAGCAACUAAUGAGCAUCACAAGUUUGAAGAAAUUAGCUCAGCCUAUAUCUUUCAGUCUAAUACAUAUUUUUACUUAGUUUUGUAGGUCUUCGUUAGAAGCACACAUAUUGUAAGUAGUAACUGUCCUCUCCAAGUAACUAGAAUUUAGCCCGAAAAGAUUUGACAAAUGUGAUUGGUUGACGAUAUGACAUUGGCCUAAAUCUCGUUCAUAAACGCAACGUGACUGCAAAAGAGACGGGUUGGAAUCAAUUCGUAUCAAAUUAAUAGGACGUCUGAGUGAAAUACGGUGACAAAUCUACCUUUAGUAAAUUAGUGGGGUUUUAAUUUGUUGAUAAAAUGCGGGACAUGAUUGUUUGUGGGAAGUGGGACAAAAUGCCAAAAUGUGGGACUGUUCCGCACAAUCCGGGACAUGUGGUCAACAAUUAUGCGCAUGUGUGGUUUGUUACCAAGAUGAAAAAACGGUAUGAGGUUUUGCGUUGACAAAAUGGGAACACUUGUAAAGGUUAAUGACAAGUAUAUUUGGCUCGGAGACUUGGUGAAGACCAAGUAGAAAGAUUCAUGAAUUUGAAAUAUUGAAGUAACUAUGCACUGUAUGUAACAUUUUGUAAUAGACAUGUAUUUUACAACCAACUUGUCAUGACUCUUUUUAAUUGAAGAUUUCUUACAUGCUGACUAGACCAGGCGCCGCCUGCGUCCGCGCACAUGUGGAUUUUGUCCACCCACACCAAACCGAUCAGGACACGCAGGUUGAAAUAUCAAAACGAACUCUGAACCAACUAUAUUAAUUUGGGGGACAGGUCGAAAAGUAUUAAACAUUUAUGGAAAUUUAGCUAGCUAGCUUACUGUUGCAGGCUAAUUUGUCCUAUUUAGCUAGCUUACUGUUGCAGGCUAAUUUGUCCUGGGAUAUAAACAUUGGGUUGUUAUUUUACCUGAAAUGUACAAGGUCCUCUACUCCGACAAUGAAUCCACAGAUAAAAGGGUAAACAGAGUUAGUUUCUAGUAAUCUCUCCUCCUUCAGGCUUCUUCUUCUUCUUUGGACUUUAUAUGGCGGUUGGUAAUCAACUUUAAGGUGCAUUACCACCACUAACUGGACUGGAGUGUGGACCUCAAUUAAUCUUUCAAUCACCCACAUGGGUAUAUGCUCCUAAAAACCAACGAGGAGAUGGGAGAGGCGGGACUUGCAGUGCCUCAAGCUUCACAAAUAAAACCAAGUUCUAUUUUAACGCCUGGCUACGCAGACACUCAUUGAUGCGAGCGAGCAGUGUGUGUGCAAUGAUUGAAUAACAUGUAUGUGUACAUUUAUUUUGUGACGCAGGCUGUGUGGUCUGCAUGUUAGAGAUUGCUGAGUACUCUGUCAUUCACUCUCACUAUUAUCCUCCAGAGGGCAGUGCUAUUUAAAAUACAUCUACGGUGGUACGAGGACUCAACAAAGUGGUGUCUCCAUAGGUCUACAUUUGAUAUGUAAUUCCUUAUCACACAUAUUUCCUUCAGUAUUUUAUGAAU